AAGCAUUUUCCCUCUUCGACAAGGAUGGUGAUGGCACAAUCACAACCAAGGAGUUGGGAACUGUCAUGAGAUCAUUGGGACAGAACCCCACAGAGGCUGAGCUUCAGAACAUGAUCGACAAGGUUGAUGCUGAUGGUAAUGGUACAAUAGACUUUCCAGAGUUUAUAACAAUGAUGGCUCGUAAAAUGAAAGACACUGAUAGUGAGGAAGAAAUUAAAGAAGCAUUCCGUGUGUUUGACAAAGAUGGCAAUGGCUUUAUCAGUGCUGCUGAAUUACGGCAUGUAAUGACAAAUCAUGGUGAAAAACUUACAGAUGAAGAGGUAGAUGAGAUGAUCAAAGAUGCAGAUAUUGAUGGAGAUGGUCAAGUGAAUUAUGAAGAAUUUGUUAAAAUGAUGAUGUCUAAGACGUAAACCCCUACAGUUACAAGUUACAGCAACUGAACUCAUCGACGGACAUUAAACUCCAAAUAUAUGUCUCCAUUCAAUCAUCUCACAGGUCAUCCGUAUUUCACUGUUGUUUUUGUGUAAAGUGUUAUUAGUACGUCAGUCAUGACCACUGAGUCUCGCGUGUCUUGAGUUUAAUCUAAAUAUAUUUAAAUUGCAACAACUUCAUUGUAUAAAAG